AUGCUUUGGGUUGGUUUUUUGUUAAUUGUUCUAAAUAUUCCAGGAAUUUUUAAUUGGAAGGCAUCAAAAUAUGAAUAUCUCACGAAAUCACACAAAAAACUUACUAACACAGCAUGCUUGCCGUUGAGAACUUCUGAUGAUGUCAUGGGAGUGUUUCAUGGUUGUCUAGGAUAUCACUUAAAAUGGCAAAGCUCGUCUGCUACAUUUUAA